UAUCCUCAGCUUGCCGAUUUAAUUUCAGAAUUGAGUUAUGCCGCCCGUUCCUUUGGAAGAGGGUGCGGCCCCGUCGGUGGGCAUUAUUUACCCGCCCCCGGAAGUCAGGAAUAUUGUGGAUAAAACGGCCAGUUUUGUGGCUCGAAAUGGACCCGAGUUCGAGUUACGGAUCCGUCAGAACGAGGUCAACAACCCCAAGUUUAAUUUCUUGAACUCUGGCGAUCCUUAUCACGCCUACUAUCAACAUCGGGUGAAGGAAAUUCGUGAAGGGAAAGAUGACCCACCGCCUCAAGAGAAACCCGCCAAAUCGAGCACCACCACAGCAUCUUCGGAGGCUGUGAAGCAAAAGCAAUCGGAGCUGCUAAAGCAAGCUCAAAAGGAACAGGAACCUCCACCCCCCAAAGAUCCACCCCCAGAAUUCGAGUUCAUCGCCGAUCCUCCGUCAAUAUCGGCCUUUGAUCUGGAUGUGGUCAAGCUCACGGCCCAAUUCGUGGCCCGAAAUGGUCGCCAAUUCCUCACCAAUCUAAUGAACCGCGAGCAGAGAAACUUUCAAUUUGAUUUCUUGCGACCUCAACACUCUUUGUUUCAAUAUUUCACCAAACUUUUGGAACAAUACACUAAGGUCCUAAUCCCGCCCAAGGAUUUGAUGAAGAAACUCGAGUCGGAAUCGAAAGACGAGAAUCUGAUCCGUGACCAAAUUGAUUAUCGAGUGCGUUGGGUUAAGCAUCAAGAGGCCAAGAAGCAGAAGGAAGAGGCCGAAGCCGAACGGGAGCGCGUUUCCUACGCCCAGGUGGAUUGGCACGGAUUUGUCGUGGUGGAAACGGUGGACUAUCAACCUUGGGAGGUGGGCAAUUUCCCACCUCCCACCAACCCAACCGAUGUGGGGGCCCGGGUUCUCAUGCAAAGACGCAUCGAUUCCGACCCUCAGAGUGCUAAGAUUAAACCUCAAGGGGAAUCGGCCAACACUCAGGUCGAAGACAUGGAUGAGGACUCCUCGGAAGAAAGUAGCAGUGAGGAUGACGAGGAGGAGUCCGACUCUAAAACCGAUAAAGGCCAGCCCAAGCCACCUGCCCUGCCCACACCGGGUAACGUGGAGGUUCGGAAAUACGAUCCGAAGGCGGCCAAAUCUGCCAAGAAGGUCGAUCCCACGAGCCAAGAGUUCCUCAUAUCACCCAUCACGGGUGAGCGCAUCCCCGCCGAUCAGGUUCAAGAACACAUGCGUAUUGGCCUUUUGGAUCCGAGAUGGGUGGAGGAACGGGACAAACAGAUUACGGCCAGAGCGGCGGAGGAGCAGGUGUACGCCCCAGGGCGUGCCAUCGAGAGCAAUCUGAAGCAAUUGGCCGAGCGGCGAACGGAUAUUUUUGGUGUGGGCGAGGAUGCUGCCUUGGAGGCCGCCAUCGGUAAGAAAAUGGGCGAAGAGGAGAAACGUGAGGAGAAAGUGACAUGGGAUGGGCACAGUUCAUCAGCCGAAUCCACCUCCAGAGCCGCCAGAGCCACCAUUAGUAUCAGCGAGCAGAUCGAGCAGAUCCAUCGGAGCAAAGGCCUUCUGCCUAAAGAGGGCGAAGGCGGGAUCGGUCCUACAGCCUCGGGGCCGAAACCUGUGGAAAGCGCUCCACCCCCGCCCCCUCCUCCCAUGCGUAUGUCGGCUCCGCCUGUGCAAGCCGUGCCGAUGUCGGUUCCUAUGAUGCCUCGACCCGUGGCUGCUCCGCCUGUUCAAGCCGUCAUGAUGGCUCCUAACCCAGGUCCUCCCGCCUUCUUCAUGGCUGCCGCGCCCCCCGUUCAACCGGCGCCUCCGCCUUUCCAAAUGGCCCCAGAAAUGAUGAUGGGGGGUGGAGGAGUGCCUCGACCCGAUAUUGCGCCACCUCCACCCGUUAUGCCACCCAUGGAACCUGAUGAGCCACCCAAUAAGCGACCACGGGGCGAAGAUAAUCUCAUCCCCGAGGGCGAGUUCAUGGCACGCAACCCGAACCCAGUCACGUUCCAUAUUUUGUGUCCGAUCAUCAACGAUAAACCCGAGUGGCGCUUGACAGGGCAGAGCAUCGCUCUGACCCUCGGCUUGGGUGAGACGGUGACUGCCAUGAAGGGUCGAAUCCAUGACGAGACCGGAUUGCCUCCGGGCAAGCAGAAGCUCCAAUUGGACUCGAUUUUCUUGAAAGAUGGCAAUACGCUGGCUUAUUACAAUGUGCGACCCGGAAUGGCCGUGGGUUUGCAGAUCAAGGAACGAGGUGGGCGCAAGAAAUGAUCACUCCCGGCUCUUUUUUAGAGAGACACUAAAAUAAUGUUGGGUUGUUGUGUACAUCCAUCCCCUGUUAAAUAAACGAUAGGUGUAAAAA